UUCAUUUUUUUUCUAGUGGGAUUGGAGCUGCCAGUGUUCAGAUGUAUUUUGAUCUCUUGACUCUACUAUAUGCUGUUGAACGGCAGUCACAAAAACAGUGUGGUCCACAGAUGGGAUGUGUUCAAUCCCUGAGAGAAUGCCAAUGUGUAGUCUUUCAAGCAGCUUUAGACUUUGUUUACAUUUACACCAAUGUUCUGUCUGAUCAUGCAUCUGAUGAAAAAGCAGUAAAUAAAACUGGAAGUGGAGCAGCUGAAACAUUUUUUAAUUUAAUGACCAUUUUACCGGAAAGUUUGAACCCUUAUUCCAUACGAACACCGGGUCAGAUAGACUUUCCUGUACCAGUUUUACCAUCAUUGUCCCUGAGCGUCCAGGAUACUAAUUGCUCUAAAAUGUCGUUUACGGAUAACAGGCGGUUUUCUUUAGGUGGUGCAUCUCCUCCAAGUAAACGAAAAUCUACAACAGGGAAGGAGCUCAGUGUUACAGAAGUUGUUGACCGUUUUCGUAGGAUAUUGGUCAGAGCAUCAGAUUUUGUGAUUUAUAGAGAUGCAGACAUAGCUUUGUCUCCAAAAGAAAAGUCAUUUACAAGAGGACUGUUGCAGUGUACCAUUCAAGGGGUUGUUACUGUUCUG